AUGAGUGAACAACUCAAACCAAUCAAGAUCUACGGGGGCUCGUUUGGGCCCAAUCCUUUCAAAGUCUCGAUCAUCUUGAGGGAACUCGGACUCCCUGUCGAAGAGAUCCCGACGGACUUCAGCGAAAUCAAAACACCCGAUUAUGAAGCUCUCAACCCUAAUGGUCGGCUUCCCACUAUCCAAGAUCCUAACACUGAGAUUACUCUGUGGGAGUCUGGUGCUAUCAUUGAAUACCUGAUCGAAACCUACGAUAAAAAUCAAAACAUCAGCUUCGCCCCCGGUAGCAUGGAGGCGCAUCAUGCUCGUCAAUUUCUCCAUUUUCAGAUGUCCGGGCAAGGCCCCUAUUAUGGCCAGGCAGUCUGGUUCAAGCGCUACCACCCGGAACGCGUCCAAAGUGCUCUUGACCGGUAUAUUAAAGAGACUCGACGAGUUUCCCAGGUCUUGGAGCGAAUUCUAGCUCAUCGAGAGUGGCUUGUUGGCGAUAAAAUAUCCUAUGCUGACCUAGCUUUUGUCUCUUGGCAGAACGCCGCCAAGAACAUGUUGUCAGACGUGGGUUAUGAUGAGAAUGAGUUCCCUAAUGUGGCUUCCUGGCUAGAAAGAAUGAACUCUCGCCCAGUAGUUAGAGAGCUCAUUGUCAAGCAGGACAAAAUGAUGGCAGAGAAAUUGAAAGCUGCCACGGAGGCACUGCAAUAG